GAACGGUUUGAAGGCGCACUUUUAAAUUUGAUAGGACUGGUGAAAUACGAAAGAUUGUCUGAUUGCUGUAAAUCAAAAUAUUGGAGACUUUUCUGCAACAAACAAGAGUAAAUCAAGGAAAAUUCUCUUAUCUCGAGAAGAUUCUUCGAGUAUUGAAUAUGGAUGACCGAGAAGAAACUUUGAUCAGAGACAUAAACAGCGAAAUCGAUGUCGUUGGAAAAGUCGUAGAGGUGUGUAAAAGAGGGAAAGAAUUGUUAGAAAUCAUAUGGGAGCAACUUGGCAUCAAUGGAGAGCAACGAAUCAAGAGGAACGAGAGGUUUUUCGAUCUCAUUGCAAAUUUGGUGAAUGACAUGGUAACAGAAGAACAGGAAUUAAAAAAGCAAGUAGAGCAGAGGGUCGUGGAGUUCAGUGAGAAAAUUGAUAACCUGACAGAAGAACUUCAAUUACCAAAGUUUCAGGCUGAUCCAAGUUGGUCAUUAAUUAUCAGGGAAACAGAGCUAAGAAAAGAAGUGGAUGUGCUAAAUAAGGAGAAACACCAAAGAAUGAAAACUCUAGCCACCAAAAGAUCAGAGGAAUUGACAUUGUGUCAAAGGCUUGCACUGGAACAGCUUGAAAUGACCUUUGUUGGGUGCCCAUCAGCUCAACAGCUGAAUGAACUCAGCCAAAAUAUCAAGUUUCUGCAAGAUGAGAUGGAAAAAAGGCUUGCCUUACUGAAGAAGCAUCAAGAAUCUAUCAAGAGAUUAUGGAAGGAGCUAGAGAUCGAUCCAUACUCAGAAUUUGAAAUGCAGUUGUGCAGUGAUGAAGCUGAAGAAAAAUUCAUCUUAUCAAAAGAAAAUAUGAAUAAACUGAAGGAUCUUGAGGAACAGCUUGAGCUUGAACAUAGAAAACUUGUUGGAGAAAUUGAUGGAUUACGGGGAAAAGUAAAAGCAUUGUGGGAUCGACUAGAGGUUGCAGAUGAAGAGCGGAAGAAAUUUACAGAAAAGAACAAUGAAUUAUGUCCAAAGACUGCCAAUGCGCUGAAAAAUGAAUUAUCACGUCUGCAAGAACUGAAAAGACAGCAUAUGCAAAAGUUUGUGGACAAUCUCAGGAAGGAGCUGGAUGCACUUUGGGAUAAGUGUUACUACAGUUCAGAGCAGCGAAAUGAAUUCAGACCAUACUUUGAAGCUGUUUUCGAUGAUGAGUCAUUGGCAUUACAUGAGCACCAAGUCCAAAUUAUGAAUAAUUAUUUCAAUGAAAACAAGAAGAUAUAUAAAUUAAUUGAAAAGCGGGAGGUAUCAUGGCAAAACAAAAUGGAUUUUGAGAACAAGUCAGCAAAUGCGGAUCGUCUGUUCAAUGCAAGGGGUGGAGCCCUUCUGAAGGAGGCAAAGAUGAGGGCAGCUUUUGAAAAAGGAUUGCCCAAGAUUGAAGAAGAGCUGAAGAAGUCACUGAAAGGAUGGGAGACGGACAACGAAACAUAUUUCUUGUACAACGGAGUAAGAUACCUGGAUCGUAUUGAAUCUCAACACGCUGCGUAUGAAGCUUUGAAGGAGCAGAAAAAACAAGAGAGGAAUAAAGCAAAGCUCGAGAGCACCAAGCAGGAGAUGGUCUUUGGUAGCAAGCCCUCAACGACAAAAAGGAAAGCUGUCGGCACACCCAUCCGUACAGGAACACCUAUGAAAUCGCCUAAAAGGGGUCGAAUGGAUACAACCCAUAACAACACGCGGUUUGUACACUCCAGUAUAAUGAACACGCCCAAAAAGACACCAGGCUCGGAAAAGAAACCAUUGACUGGUAAACAGACGAAAAGCAAAAUCAUGACUUCUGCACGACGAAAAUCCAACCGUAUGCGGCAGCAAACUCGAGCGCGGCAAAUUGCAGGCCAUAACAUGACGUACCAGCACCCGUCCCCCUCGGCCAAGCUUAACUCGUCAAAAUCCUCAGUAGUCAGUGGCUCAAUUGUAAACAAGGAGAACGCUCAGCCAGGAAACAUUGGAUCGUAUCAGGAAUUCUCGGCACGUAAAAGAGGCAGACCCCAAUAGAGAUUGGCAUCACCAGCCCGAAUUGCCGAAGCAGCUUUGUGGCAACAAAUAGCAGUUUCCAUGUUUGAUUAGAAAACAAUUAAGAACAUUGGAGUAAAUAUAGCGGCAUAGAGAAUACUUUUUGUACAUACGUUGUUUGAGUAUUGGCCUAAAACACGAGUAGAAAGCACCAGUAUCGUCCCUGUUGUCAUAUUCUCAAUCCACAGGCAGGGAAACAGGUGACCUAAAGAUCAUCGAGUUCCACAUCUGCUUCAAGAGUCAAUAUGUAAUACAUUUUUUAAAUGCAACGCAACCUUACUUGAAGCAGUAAGUUUUCCUGAUUAACACUUUCACCUCCAUUGAAGGGGUCCCCUCUAAGGGUUCUAUCCGGAGUGUGCAUGAAAUUCAGUUUGUGUCGUGUUGCUUGUUUGGACUUUAGAAAAUAGAACUGCACAUGUUGACAAGAAACGCAAUCUUUUGACAGUAAUAAUCAAUUUACAAUUAAAUAAAUACAUCUUAAUGUCAGUUAAAUAAACUCGCUACGCUUUACUUUUAAAUACAAGCCCCUUCCUUUUUAAAUAUCAAGCCCCCUCACCCUACCAAAUUCAUUAAUAUUUUGAUUGGGUCUAGUCAAAUGGUUAUUUAAAAAAUGGCAAAUCCUCGAAUUGCCCCCUCAAAUAAGCCCCCCUCAAAUAGAUUCCCUUGUAAAAUUAAUAAACCCUUGGGGCUAAUUCGUGGAUUUACAGUAAAUCGCGUUUUCGUUGCAAUGCCAGUUGUUGACUUCUUCAAUGACUUUUCAGCCUUGAUUUUGAAGUUAGGUUCAUACCUAUUUGCAAUUAUUUAUACCUAAAAAGUGAAAUAUACUCACAACUGUAUAUUUAUUUUUCAAUUCUCUCGAGUCAUAUAGAUUUAAGGUCAAUUAACUAGUUGAAAUUUUAUUCUUUUUUAUUAACAUAUUGUCAAU